AUGGCUCCGUCCCAAGACUUUGCAUCCCACAAGGCCGGUAGUUCUGGCAUUUUACCAAGUUCUGUGCCAGUGCUCAUUAUGGGGGGAGGCCCGACUGGCCUGUUACAAGCUCUGCUUCUGUCUCGACUAGGGGUCCAAUCAUUGAUUAUCGAACGUUAUCCCGAGCGUCUAGCUGCUCCAAAAGCCCACGCGAUCAACCCCCGCUCUUUGGAAAUCUUGCGUCAAUUUGGCCUAGGCGAGAAGCAUGUCCGCCAGCUAGGCACUUCACGAGAUGAUAGCUUCUCGGUUAAUUUUCUCACCAAUCUUUGCGGGGAUGCGAUCGGCAGGCUCCCGUAUGAGCGUAUGGAUCCUGCUGUAUUGAAUGACACGCCAGAGAUGAUCCAUAAUAUACCCCAACCAGCGCUCGAGCAAGAAUUGUCCAAUUUCAUCGCAAAGGAUCCCAACGUCACCUUAAUCAAGGGAUUCAGUAUAUAUGCUGUGGAACAGACUGAAAAUGAAGUCAUGGCGACAAUUGAGCAACGCUCCACUGGACAGCUCCAUCAAACAAAGUCCCGUCACCUCAUAGCCUGUGAUGGUCGUAGAAGCAAGGUCCGCGAGCUGCUCGGGAUCGAGUCUGAAAGCGAAGACUCAGACCAGACAAUGAUGACCAUUCAUUUCAACGCCAAUCUGCGACCCGUCGUUGGUGACCGGGUCGGCAUGUUGUACUGGAUAAUGGACCCUUUAGCUGCGGGUUUCAUCAUCGGCUAUGACCUUGAUGGAAACCAGGUACACAUCAGCCAGGUCGACAUUAAACAGCAUCCAGUCGAGUCGUGGACAGAAGAGAUAUGCAGAGCCAAGAUCCGUGGUGCUAUCGGUACAGCAGAUGUUCCGUUUGAGGUCCUGAGCUGUCGCCCGUGGGUCUUCCGUCGACAGGUGGCUGUCACGUUCCAGGCAGGAAACGUCUUCUUGGCUGGAGAUGCUGCUCACUCAUUCCCCCCAACUGGUGGACUUGGAUUGAAUUGUGGUCUUGCAGAUGUUCAUAACUUGGCUUAUAAGAUUGCCUUGGUUCAUCGGAAAGUGGCAACACCAUCUAUACUUUCUACAUACACUGCUGAGCGACGUGGUGUUGCGGAUUCCUAUUCCAAGCAGAGCGUUAAGAACGGCAAGGAGGUUUUUGCACUGCUGCAAAGUCUCAAGACUGCUGGUGUUGAAGAUGUUGCUCAAGCACGAAAGAAUAUGGUGGCAGCGUUGGCGGAUCCGGCCCAAAGGAAACAGGUUGAGGCAGGUAUUGAAGGGCAGAGAGAACAUUUUGAUAAUCUGGAGCUUCAAAUUGGAUACGUGUAUGGAGCUACUAAGCCACCUUCUCAUGCUUCCCAUUAUUCUCCGAAAUUUGUGCCCGGGGCGCGCCUGCCUCAUGCUUGGAUCACUUUUCCAGAGCAGGUUUCCUCGGAGACAGAGGCGGCUAAGCGUUCCUCGCUACCUCGGGACCCAGUCGACGUAUCCUACGUUAAGGAGCUUGGUGCAGAUCAGGUUCGCGCAUGUCAGUGGAGUACCCUGGAUCUUUGUGGUCCUGACUCUUGGACUUUGAUCUUGGGAAAGGAGCAGCAAAAUCCUCAGAUUUCAUUUUUGCAGAAGCACUUUAGCGUGGUUGGUUUACCUCUUAACACCUGGCGCCUCGGGAUGGAUUUUGAAAUCGUCAAGCAAAGCUGGUUCGCUAAUGAAUUGAUUCAUGGUGGAGGGAUUCUGAUUCGCCCUGAUCAGCAUAUUUUAGCAAGGGUCUCUAUUGAGGCCAAGGGAAAGGACUUGGUUACAGAAGUGAGCAAACAUCUUGGGAUUUCAUAG